UAAUAAAUGGAGCGAGUUCAUCUCUGUGUAUUUGCUUCUUUCAAGCUUCUAUGAGGAACUCGUGUCUCAUGGCAUCUUGGAACCUCUGACUGCUCCAGUGGAAGGGAUGGUGGUGAGAGAAGGCUCCUGCAAUUAUGUGGCACCUCAGGGCAUCUCCUCAGUCGUCAAGUAUUAUUUAAAUCAAUCAGGUGCAGAUAUCUUUUAUGAGCAACAUGUGACUCACAUCUCUCUCCGAGACGGGAGAUGGGAAGUGUCCAGGAAAGUUGGCCCACCAGAACAGUUUGAUGUAGUUAUUCUUACGAUGCCUGUCCCACAGAUCCUUCAGCUGCAGGGUGACAUUUUAAGUGUAAUUGAUGGGAGCCAAAAGCAGCAACUGGAAUGUGUGAGCUACUCCUGUCGUUAUGCUCUGGGCCUGUUUUAUGGAGCUGGGACUGGGUUGGAUGUGCCCUGGGCUGCUAAGUACAUCUCCAAUGACCCCUGUGUUCGUUUCAUCUCCAGCGAUAAGAGGAAACGCAAUGUAGAGUCUCCUGAAGUUGGGCCCUCACUUGUAGUCCACACAACUGUGACAUUUGGAAGUGAACACCUGGGCUCAGACCCUGCAGAGGUGCAGCAGAUAAUACUCAGCCACCUGGAGAAGAUUGUGCCAUCUCUACCUAAACCAAACAGCAUCAAGUGCCACAAAUGGAGAUACUCUCAGGUCACAAAAGCUGUGCCAAACUGUCCAGGACACAUGAUUCUUCACACUCAACCUCUUCUGAUUUGUGGGGGUGAUGGCUUUACCCAUUCCAACUUUGAUGGCUGCAUAGAGUCUGCUCUGAGUCUUGCAGAGGCUGUGAAGCCUCAUUUAGAGCAAUUUCCAUGUCAAGCUGCUAAUCUUCAUCUAGAUUUAUGA